AUGGGUCGGAGUAGAGUGGACUCCGCAGCGGCCGAGAAGGCGUGUGCAGCGGUCCGCAACGGCAGCAUGUCACGCUACGCUGCCGCUGCUGCCUUUGGGUUGACCAAGACCUCGCUACUGCGGCGCCUGAGCGGUGAGUGCGACAUUGACGCACGGGUUGGCCACGGGACUGUGCUGAUGAAAGAGGAAGAAAAUGCCCUGGAAGAUGUGCUGCUGUACGCUGGUCGGAACUAUAUUCCUCUCACGAGGAACGACCUGAAGGAGCGUGUGAGACAGCUCUGCAACGACGGCCGGCCGAUCCCAUGGGACCCCGACAAGGGCCCGGGGAAGUCGUGGUUGCAGGGCUUCCUCCGAAGGUACGAUCGCAUCAGCCUUCGACUCGCCCGCAUCUACGAGGCCAACAGGAUGACCUCGCCGGAAGAUGAUCGUCUGCACAACUUCUACAACUUCUGGCAGGAGUUCGUCAACGAGCACAAGCCAGCACCCGACCACGUUUGGAACACGGACGAGUCAGGGGGGGCAAUGUUGGUGGCCGCGGGGGAGCAGGGGGGCGUGGGCAGGGCGGCGGCAGUCCUUGCCGCGGUGGGAGAGGGGCGGGAGAGGCGGGAAUCGAUGGUGGUCAGCCGCCGGCGGCGCCCGUUUCCCGGUCGGGACGAACCCUGACGCGGACACCUGUGGUGGAUGUUUAGGUGUCUUCGAGGGGGGGUUGUUUCGUGAUGCAGAACAGCUGGUAUCCGGGUGAAAUUAGCUCCGAACGGCUUGAAGUUUGCGUGUGGAACCGAUUUCAAACCGUAGCGUGUUAAAUAUUGUUCACGAGGUUGCUUGAGGCAAUUUGGGGUCGAACAGCACCGCCGGGGGGGUCGGGACGGGCCGGCGGGCAGUUUGUCGAGAAACCCGGGGAUGCUGCACUUUUGUCCCCUGGUCUAUGUGCUUUUUUUUUUCUUCUUGUCCAACGCGUUUUCUGCAACGUUUACUUCGUUUCUCUCAACCGGCGUCUCGUGGGGGUUGAGUUGUGGGUGUAAAAUGUUCAUCUAACUGUAGCAGAUUUUUUCGGAAUUUUCUGCCGUACAAGCCGAAAAAGGGGGGUAUUACUGUACCCCAUGUCUGGACAGGCAUGAUGUCGUCCAUAUGCACAGGUAUUUGAUUGCCGCAAUUUUUUUUUUGUGAGUCCGAGUAGCACGCAUACAAGUCAUUAGUUCAUCAAAUUACUACGUUUGCAUGGUUUCAAGGCAAGAGAACACGCAGUACCACCCAAAAGGGGUAUAUUCCGUUCCUCAAAACUGGGCCGAAAAACCGGGGAUAUGGGCAUUUUGUCCCCGGGUGUGCACCAUUUUAUUUUAUUGUUUUUGUAUCGAACAUACGUCAUACUAAGAGCCUGUGUACCAAAUUUCAGGUCGUGGAACGCUUUAGAACGUGCGUAUCCGGCCACUACCGGAAAGUAGUCCUUAAUACCCCCCCCCCUCCUUUUGACCCAAAUUUUACCUAGAAUGUGAGGUAUACUUCAAGGUCUAUAUAUACUCGCCACCUUCACUUUUUUCAAUUUUUCUUUCUUUGUCAUGUAGUCUAUGUUAUAGGCUAUCGUAUGAUACCUUGAUCGCUUCAUGAAUCAUCUUGAAACCAGAAAACAAGCUGCCUAAGUGGGGGGUGCCUUAGGGGGUCCUUAAUACCCGUC